AUUGAUUGCUCGUUAUCCUUGGAAAAAAUCCACAAUUAUCUUAAGACGCCAAACCCGCUUAGGCCUAGCGCAAUUCGUAACCCGGAAAGCAAGGGCCGAUUAUCUAAUCUGCGCCGACAACCGCCGAACGAUACGUGACGGAAAACAAACCGCAACAAGGAAAAAAUGCCCCUCCUUGCGCGCUGCCCCACCUUGCUCUCUGCUACCCCGCCUCUGGUCACUUCGUCUACAAGUGCUGCUCUCUCCCGCUCUCUUCCUCGUUAUUCUUCUUCCUCUCUUCGACCCAUUGCUCGUCCUUCCAUCAAUCUCUCCACCAAGAAAAACUCCCAAUUCUCUCGACAGUUUCACGCUUCCUCCGCAGCCAUGACGAUCAAGACUUUCUUCGACGUCGAAUACACCGAUCACUCGGGAGCUAAGAAGACUGAGCGGAUCGUCUUCAACCUCUUCGAUGAGGAUGUCCCAAAGACUGCAGAGAACUUCCGUGCUCUCUGCACCGGCGAGAAGGGCUUCGGAUACAAGGGUUCUUCUUUCCACAGAAUCAUCCCCAAGUUCAUGCUUCAGGGUGGUGACUUCACUCGCGGCAAUGGCACUGGUGGCAAGUCCAUCUACGGUGACAAGUUCGCCGAUGAGAACUUCAAGCGCACCCACACCGGCCCUGGUAUCCUGUCCAUGGCUAAUGCCGGCCCCAACACCAACGGCUCUCAAUUCUUCAUCACCACCGAGAAGACUAGCUGGCUUGACGGCAAGCACGUCGUCUUCGGUGAAGUUGCCAACCCUGAGUCCCUGCAGGCUGUCAUGAACAUCGAGAAGACUGGCAGCAGCUCCGGCGCCAUCACCACCAAGACCAAGCCAACCAUCGUCGACUGCGGUCAGCUCUAAAUCUGCCAUUUGGCCCCCAAAUCUUGAAAAGGAUAGGAUGUAACGGACGAAACGGGAUACAUAUGGGGCGGCUGUUUUAAAUAACGACCAAAAACUAAGACUACUUUUCAAUUAAUACGUAUGCCAUCCGCUGUGGCUUCCCGCCUUUUCCAAACCUUUCUCAGCUGUGCUUUACCGCCUUCUCUUGCCGUUGAUACCGGGAGCUCUUUCUAGUUGUUGAGCUGAUUUAAAUUGUCCUCGACUUCUGAACGGGCACUCAGGUGGAAAACCUUCUCUCAUAACUGGUAGUCUAGUCAAUGAUAUGCUAUAAGUUAUGGUGUAUUAUUUGCUCUUUGGAAUCUAAUGAGUGUAAUGGUGCAAUGGAACAACCUCUCUUC